UUUACUUGCUGCAUCAUGUCCUCUCUAUAAUAAACAAGUCUUCUGUAAACCCAUUACCAUUGGAGACUUGGAGAGCAUAAUAAACCUAACACAUGCAAAGACUCGAUCGACCAAAGCAAUUAUCUGUUCUGUACGUAGAUCCAUCUUCGGCAUAUCCGAGAAACAGAAAGGAGACAGCGCGCGCGCGAGAGAGAGAGAGAGAGAGAUGACUCAAUUAGACAACAGUAAGGAUGAUGAAAUUCUGCUUCCUGGGUUUCGGUUUCAUCCGACAGAUGAAGAGCUUGUUGGGUUUUACCUUCGACGGAAGGUGGAGAAUAAACCAAUUAGUGUUGAACUCGUCAAACAGAUUGAUAUCUACAAAUAUGAUCCCUGGGAUCUUCCAAUCACUACUGUAGGAGACAAGGAGUUGUAUUUCUUUUGCAUAAGAGGGAGGAAGUACAAGAAUAGCAUAAGACCCAAUAGGGUCACUGGGUCUGGAUUUUGGAAAGCAACUGGAAUUGAUAGGCCGAUAUAUUCCGUUGAGGAUACCAAUGAAUGCAUCGGUCUGAAGAAAUCCCUUGUCUACUAUCGUGGAAGCGCAGGAAAAGGCACCAAAACUGAUUGGAUGAUGCAUGAGUUUCGCCUUCCUGCAGAUGGGAAAAACAGCAAUAAUCUUGAUUCCAGGAACACCAUUCAUGAAGCUGAAAUCUGGACUCUAUGCCGAAUUUUUAAGCGAAACGUGUCAUACAGGAAGAACACACCAGAUUGUAGGACAUUCCUCUCCAGAAAACAAAGUCCAACUGAUUCAUGUUCUCGAACAUGCAGCUUGGAGCCCACCAAAAGCAAUCAGUACUGCAUGAGUUUUGGUGCUCUGGUGGACGAGGAGAAGGUUGUUAGUACUGAGGAAAUGAGCAAGUUAUUAUCGAGUCAUUUGAACUCGACAGUUCAACCUGCAUUUUCUAUGCAAUUCUCGACUCUUCAGACAACAAAUGGCUCUGAAUUGUUCAGAGACAAUUGGAAUGAGCUCGCGUCAGUAGUGGAGAUGGCACUUGAUCCAAACCUUCUAUACGGUUGUAGAUAAACAUGGAGGUCUACCCCAAUAAUGUAUGAAGGAGGCUUGAUAUAUUCAAUAAUGUAUGGAGUCUAUAUUUUAGAGCCUGGAUGCAAUUGAUGGUAUUACUAAACGGUUUUGGAUAAAAAUGAAUUCAA